CUUCUCCCUCCUAGCCGCAGUCCGCUGGUGUCCAGUUAUGUUGUGAUGAGUGUCGCUGAUCUAAGCGAUCGGGGUUUUGAGUGUCGUCUUCGCGUUUUCCACAAUUUGCACAUUCCUGCGCGAAUAUCGCGUGAUUCGCAAAUCGCUGUCCGACAUCGCGACGCCUUGUUCUCAUUUGACACCACCGCGCGCGAUUCUCGCUUUGAAAACGAUUCGCGAAGCGGCGAUCACCUUUGCGCCGUGCGAGGCAACACACCAUCAGUAUCGGUACAGGUCGGCGGACAGAGCGGAACGGGGGGAACGCGGAUCGGGGCACUCGAUUUGAAUUUGGUGUUCUGUAUUUCGGCGGGGAAGGUGCGUGACCGCAGGUGUGUGACCUCCUCGUACGUAAACCUCUCUCACAGCUGGAUCGAGACGUUCCGACGUUCGGAGGCGCAAACUUGUGUGAGAGAAUGCGACGCGACCGGCGAGUGGACGAUGGCCGUUAGAGCGAGAUACAUCACGAACUCCGCCGGCGGGCAAGAAAAAGGAACUUGACAGUGGAACGCACUCGCGGAAGAAGAAAUGACACACGGAGUCACGCGGGUGUACGAAGCCGCGACCUUUCCGCGCGAGCAAUGAUAGAGAAGAGAAACGGCCUUGGUGGUGGCAAAAGACACUAGUACCUGAACGAUCGGUAUUCACGUGACUGGCAGCUAAGCGACGAGAGAUUACUAAUUUAUUCGAAUUAUUCGACUUUCGAGAAACGAUUCUUUUUCUACAUAGUUUCUGUUUUACGUGGCAGAGAUCGAUUCGUGUUUUUUGUUUUCGAGAAACUAUAAAAAGACUUGGCGCAGCGUUGAUAAAAUGAGACACGUGAGCGCGAUUCGAUAUCCGAUAUUCGAAUAGUGUUUCCGAUUGAGAGAGAGAAAGAGAGAGAGAAAAAGAGAGAGAGAGGGAGGAGAGGGCAUCAACUUUGCCACGAACUCGAUGCGAAACAUUGACGAGGAACUGUCUGUGCGUGCGAGGAUGAAGACGAUGGGCGACGUCGUCGCGGAUUCUGUCGACGAGAGCGACGGCACGGUGCAACCGCCCGGUGCGAGCAAGGAAUUCGGCCACAGAACGCUUAGAUCCUUGAAGAGAGGAUUGGGUCGGCUGUGGAGACGACACCGGGGCAACGUGUCGAUAACCGAAUACGAUCCGUCUUACAAGGUCGCGUACCUCGGCAACGUACUCACCGGAUGGGCCAAGGGUGAAGGCUGCGUCGAGAAGCCCGUGUCGACCCUAUGGCGUAAUUACAUGACCAGCAGCAGACCCGACGUUUCUAUGAGACUUACGGUGACCAGCGGCGGUCUCACCGCCACCACCAAGGAUCACGGUCUCACCGAGUACUGGGCCCACCGUGUGACUUACUGCACCGCUCCGGCUUCUCACCCGCGUCUCUUCGUCUGGGUGUAUCGUCACGAAGGCCGUAGAUUGAGGCCCGAACUUAGGUGCCACGCCGCCUUGUGUAGCAAGGAGUCGACCGCAAGGAGACUCGCCUCGAUCCUAAAUGCUAGACUGCAGCAGGCGCUGCUGGAAUUCCGUCGGGACAAGGUUUCCAGGCAGAACGCCAGGUUGUCUCUGGCAAACGCGUUGUACGACAACCCGUCGUUGCCACGCAGAAAACUUCUGCUGAGCACGGGCGGCCAGAAUUAUCGGCCGCCCUUGGAGAGAUCGAAGAGCGCGCCAAAAUUGUCGGCGAUCGAGGAGGACGCUGUCGCCGAGGAAAUAGAACAACAAAGACUGCUGGAGGAACUGCACUCUUUGGAGACUGUGGCACGCAGUUGGGAGGAUCAGGACGGCUGGAAAAUAGCCAGGCUGCUGGACGCUCUCAAUCGCGAGUCCUCCGACGAGAACGGCAGCAUCUCCAGCGGAUGCGAAACCGCCAGCACGGCUACGAGCGAGGAGAGAGCAGCCACCGGUUUGGAAGAUCAUCUCGCACAGAAUCAAAACGAUCAACGAGGAUCGAUCAAGAGGGUCUUGUCGGAGACUCGAGUUGGCGGGGGACUGGGACCGCGAAGAAAUUCGGAAGGCUCGCCGCACUUCAUGACGUGUACCGGUAGUCCUCGUUUCAAUUCUAUGAAUCCGGUGAAGAGGUUACCUCUGAGAAGCGAGGAGGAAGAAUCGAUGGAAGAGGAGGAGGAAGAGAUAGACACCUCGAAUGUAUUCGACUUCGAGGACGUCGAGGAUCUCGAGGAUGUGGUGGAUUAUCGACCGAGGGGCGAGAUGCUGAAUAGGAUUGACGAAUCGCAAAGCAGAGAGAGGCGAACGAACGAGACGUAUCCCGGUAGGACUGGGCACGAGUUUCUGCAGAACGAGGACGUUUCAUUCCUAACUUUGGAUUCUCUCGACGAGGAGGCCGACAGCGACGAGAGCGGUUACGUGGAGGCGCCACCAAAGUCUUUGUUAGGACAGGACGAUAGGAAGGAAGAAGAGGAAAACGAGCAUUCGUGCUUGGAUUCGCUCAAAAAUCAAUCAAAAUCGAUAACGAUCUGUAGAAAUGUAAAAACCGACGAGAACGAAAAUCAGAGGACGAAACACGAAAAUCUGAAAAUGAGCAAAGAAGAUAAAACGGAUCCCCAAAAAGCGGAGAAGAAAGAUUCUUUGUUGGUGGUUGAUGAUAGUCAAAGAAUCAAAGAGAGAGAAAGAGAAAGAGCGGACUUUAAGUAUCCUAUCUCAGAAACUAUUAAGAAACUAGCUAGCGCGUCGCUAAGAAAUUCCAAGUCUCUCGAGAUGACGAGCAAUAAGUGCUUGAACGUCCUAAAUAAUUUCAAAACCUCCAAGUCGUUCGACAGCGUAAAAGUCGACGAGAUUACUGUGGAAUCGCCGAGUCUUCACCAAAGGAAACAAUUGCUGGCACAACGCGGUGUCAUGGUUUAAUAAAACGGGAGAUGAACAUUCGAUAAACAGUCGAUUGAGAUACUUUUUUUUCUUUCUUAAAGAUAUUUUCAAUAAUUUUCAGGAAAAUAUUGGAGUUUUUAACAACAGUGCGGAGUAAUAUUUUAAAUAGAACAUGCUUAAUGUGUUUUUAUCAAAUUGUUUGAUUUACAUAUAUAUUUCAUUUAUAUUUAACAAAUGUGGAAUUCGAUUGAAAAAAAAAAAAAAUUACGGGGUGUCGAUUUUCUUUAUUGCUUGUGUGACAUUGGGCGAUCUGUCGAAUUUACUUCAAGAAAUCGAAUGUGAAAAAUCGAAAUAAAUAAUAUACACGACUGUGUUACGAUAUUCACUGCCACGUCAGUAAACGUGACGUAAACGUAUAGAUUUGCAGUACUGAAUAUCAGAAUACAGUUUGAUUCAAAUAUUCCAUUUUAGGUUUUAUAAGACUUCGACUUGUUUUUCUUUAGCGCUGAACGAAAGUUAAGUCAAUAAGCAAAACAAGUAUUAGUGCCGGUAUUAAAAAUCAAUGUGCUCAAUAAAGUUGUAUAGUUCUGUUUUAUCGAAUACAAACUCUCGAUAUCUCAUAAUCUUACAACUAGAGACUGGAAUACAGAAGUCGGGGUUCCCAAAGUCGCAAGACACACCUAUCGAAUAUCAUUCAUACGGUUGCUGAUGAUGCGCGCGUCAUUUUACGAUCAAUUAAAUAUUGAAUUACAACAUAUAUAUGUUAAAACAUAUGUAAUAUUUUAAUUAAUUAUAAAUCGACGAGUUCUCAGAGACAGCAGAGAGAGUUAAUAAGGAAUAAGUAACUAUGUUCGUAAAUGUCUUUUUUUUUUUUUUUUUUUUUGUGAA